AUGGAGAAAUUGUCUAGCCUGAUAGCAUGUGCCUUGAUCUUGGCUAUUGCGAAGAACCCAAUCUUCGCGAAUACGGGAGAUCCUGACAUUCUGACGGAGUUCCUGGUCCCACCGAGCCUCAAUGCAAGCAAUAUCACUAGGCAAUACUUCACAUUCACCAAUUUCAGGUAUUUCGAAGCAAAAGCCAAUCUGACAGGACGAACCACGGCCCUCAUAGCCAAAGCGACACUGAAAGAAUUUCCGGCCCUCGAGGGGCAGAGCGUCUCUGUGGCCAAAAUCAUCUACCCGCCUUCGGGGAUCAACCCGCCACACACACACCCGCGGUCGGCCGAGCUCCUGAUCGUCCUGGAAGGCAUCCUGGAGGUCGGGUUCGUCGACACGGAAAACCAGCUCUUCCUGCAGACCCUCCAGGCCCACGACCUGUUCAUCUUCCCAAAAGGGCUGGUCCACUUCCAGGUCAACACGAAGCCUGACUGCAAGGCCGUGGCGCUCGGGGUGUUCGGGAGCGCGAGCGCUGGGACGGUUUCGAUCCCGGCUAGCGUGUUUGGGAGUGGGAUCGAUGUAGACAUCCUCACAAAAGCUUUCCACACGGAUGAUCAGAUCAUAUCCGAGCUAGUAGAGGCCAACAAGUAACAUUAUAGAUGAGGUUCAUAAUCUGCAGUCUGUUCCUUUAUGAAGAUCUCAUUGCUACCUCAAGCAGAGGUGUUCAAUAAGUAAAAUAACAUGCCGACUGGUAUAAAAAGAUGUAAUCGUGUUGAUCUAAUCAUUUUUAUAUUUGAUAAGUAAAUGUCUCGUAUUCUCAUGACACAAUCAACUCUGAAUGGACAAA